GCUGAUACCGAUUUUGAUAAGCUUUCAUCGGCGGGCUUAUCAUACUACGGCGAGCCGUAUGACUAUCUGUCCAUAAUGCACUAUGAAUCAACGGAAGGUAGUCGUAAUGGUAGGAACACCAUUGAGGCGAAAAUCCAAGCGUUCACCAAGCUGAUGGGCAAAGGCAACGAUUUCUCGAUGAGUGACAUCAAUAGGAUUAACCGAGCUUAUAACUGUUACAAUUAUUUGGCGUAUGGAUAA